UUUUCAGCAUCUAAAAUUGCUAUCCGUCUGCAUGCAAGCCAGUGGAGACCAGGCUUCUGUUUGAAACUGAGCUCUAGAUUGUGCAGAGGAAGGGGUCUGACGGAGGCUAAGUUCAUAUAAAGUUUGCCGCAAGCUGAGUGAUGUUUUGACUGGAAAAUCAAACCAGCUUUAACCUGCAAUAUUUACAAUAUCCUGCAGGUUUGCUGUACGCUAUUCUCAGUCCCAUCCCCAUUCUGCACCAUGGGAGCAAUAAUACUGGGCAACAAUGCAGAGUUACUAUAAGCUACUCUUUCAGUCUCGGCCCAACCUCCAAUACGGGUAUAAAACGACUGUCCUACUCUGCAGGGUUUUUGAAAUUAAUCCCUUGCCAUACUAGUCGACUCUCUUCCUGGAAAUGCCCUCCCACAGCCCUGAUUGGCCAGCGUCGGAAUGACACGUGACUGUGUACCGUACUGUGGAAAAGAUGGCGGAUCCACCGAGUGUCUCUCCGGAGACUUCCUGGCGAGGAAAAGUUGACUCAACUUUUAAUGACAACGGGCUAGAUCCUGCACUCUUUGUGGAAAGCAGGAGAAAAGGGAGCAUUGUAUCAAGAGCUAACAGCAUCGGCUCUACCAGUGCCUCUUCAGUACCCAAUACAGAUGAUGAAGACUCCGACUACCAGCAGGAAACCUACAAAGAAACCUACAAAGACCGCCGCCGCCGUGCCCACACCCAGGCUGAACAGAAGCGGAGGGAUGCUAUCAAGAAAGGCUAUGAUGAUUUGCAGUCGAUUGUACCCACGUGCCAGCAGCAGGAUUUCUCCAUAGGCUCGGGGAAGUUAAGCAAGGCGAUUGUGUUGCAGAAGACUAUUGACUAUAUUCAGUUCUUGCACAAGGAAAAGAAGAAGCAGGAGGAGGAAGUCUCCACGCUCCGGAAAGAUGUCAUGGCCUUGAAAAUCAUGAAAAUAAACUACGAACAGAUUGUCAAAGCUCACCAGGACAAUCCCAAUGAAGGGAAGAACCAGGUCUCUGACCAUGUAAAGUUCAACGUUUUCCAGGGUAUCAUGGAUUCCUUGUUCCAGUCCUUCAAUGCCUCCAUCUCUGUGACAAGCUUUCAGGAGCUCUCAGCAUGUGUCUUCAGCUGGAUAGAGGAACACUGCAAGCCACAGACCCUACAGGACAUUGUGAUUGGUGUCCUGCAACAACUGAAGAGCCAGCUUUACUGACCACGCUUGGGCAGCCUAGAAGAGGCAUACUCUGGCUUGGCGCUAUGUAGCCAAGAGGCUGUUCCUGCCAGUACAUCCUCUUUAAGCUUUUUGGGGGGGGGGGUAUUGAUUGUGUUUACCUCUACAAACCUCCCCUUGGUCUGUGCUACCAAGCUCCUCAUGUGUGCAGGGAAGCAAAUAGCUGUCUGUCCAUGAGGAUCAAUUGUUGCAGUAUCCCUCUUUCAAGCCUUGGCCCUGACAUGUUCCGCAUGUUGACCUAGUUUGUCUGAUAAAAAUCCAUUUACUGUGCACCAUUCCUGGUGUUUUACAGUGAACCAGGUUCCUCUCCUAAGGGUACAGAAAUACUGGACUUAAGCAUCCUCCAGCCUUCCCUUGUCCUCAAAUUAGUAGCCGAGCCUCUUAAAUUCUGAGUAUACUGCAACAUUAUGCAUAAGGCUUGGUUUAAGUGUCAUUAGCUAGGCUUGAUCACUUUAAAACAGAGCUCUCUUUGUUUUCUUCAGACACCCAAUUUACUCACCAAGAUGUCUCUGCCUAGCAUUUGAUUUGGGCCUAAGGGCUGUGAUCUGAACAAGUUAUGCAAUAAAUUGGUGCAUUUUGCAUACACUGUGUAUUCUGCUUACCUUGCAAAAGGGCAAUAAGCCAUGCCAACACUGAAGCCUUGCCCUCAAAUUCCAGCUUUUGUCAUUGCUUGACCUGCUCACAAGUACCGUUUGCCUUCCAACUGGGAGACUGGUGAGGCCUAUAGAACAUGGCAGGGGAGGUAUUUUCAGCCUGUCAGAUCCCCGCAGUUUCUAAUAAUGCAGCAAAAGUGAGCCUAAGCCAACCCUCCUGUGCAGCGUUUGCUUUUUGUUCUUUAGCUACAAAGAAGGUGGGUCCCCUGUCCUUUUAUAGACACCACUUUCUAGAUCUGCUGCUGGUUGGUGGAUAAGGACUCUAGCUUAGACAGACCUCACUCGUGAAAAUGAAAACUAUUUUUUAUAUCAUGACAAGCAAUUCUAAUAAAUUUUGCUAAGUGUUUGAAUGA